AUGACGCAGUUAUUCAACUCCUCCGCCCCUGCGAAUCCGAAUUCAGAGAAACGGAAUUUCCCCGGCAUAUCAUUGACUGGAAAGAAGCAGGAGAAGCACGAAAAGAAUGAGAAGCAUGAGAAGCCUGCGAACGAUUCCUCGCAUUUCCCGACAAAACUGCGAAAUUUCUUUCGAAUAAAUAGCUCGUCGUCGACCACCAACUCGAAUAGCCAGGGGGGUUCAGGACAGAACUCCCAGCAAAACAAGAACUCCAACCUUACCGUACCCAAGCAAGAGUCCAAGUUUCAGUCCAGAUUCCUCCCUCACAUCGGCCGGAACCGGUCAACCACCGUUGCCAGUGAGGGAAACCCGCUGGACGACGAUGGCGUCUCCCCAACUGCACAUGCCAACCCAUACUUUGCGCAUCAGGGAUAUCCGGCCUUGAGGCAUAGAAAUGAUGACAGUGUUCCCUCAACUCCUCCAGAUACUCCCGGCAUACAUAUAGACGGAGCUCCGGGUGCAGAGCAGCCGACUGCAGCCAACAAAGAGGAGCUUGCAAGGAAACUCAGGAGAGUUGCCUCUGCACCCAAUGCGCAGGGCUUGUUUGCAACUGGGAAAUCAGAUGAACGCCCCCGGACGGCCGAGCUGGGCAAGGAACCUUUGGUCGAACAGGCGGGAGAUACUGCGAAACUAGGCUUCGUUGAGCAGCCAUCAUCGCAAAAUCUCACCGUCCCUGACGCAGACACCCUCGGCCCUAUUCCAGCGCCUGGACAAAUACGGAGUAAUGCUGGGUACAGACGAACCUAUAGUUCAAAUUCAAUAAAAGUACGCAAUGUGGAAGUUGGCCCAGGGAGCUUUGAUAAAAUAAAAUUGAUCGGCAAGGGAGACGUUGGUAAGGUAUAUUUGGUGAGGGAGAAAAAAUCCCAAAGAUUGUACGCCAUGAAGGUGUUGAGUAAAAAGGAGAUGAUCAAGAGGAACAAAAUAAAACGUGCGCUUGCAGAGCAGGAGAUUCUUGCUACAAGCAAUCACCCGUUUAUAGUUACUCUUUAUCAUUCUUUCCAGUCGGAGGAACACCUCUACCUCUGUAUGGAAUAUUGCAGUGGUGGUGAAUUCUUCAGAGCCCUUCAAACACGGCCUGGAAAAUGUAUAUCCGAAGAUGACGCUCGGUUUUACGCUGCUGAAGUGACUGCUGCUCUCGAGUAUCUUCAUCUCAUGGGCUUUAUCUACCGUGACCUUAAGCCAGAGAAUAUCCUACUCCACCAGUCUGGACAUAUCAUGUUGUCAGAUUUUGAUCUCUCCAAACAAUCCGGCCCAGGGGGUGCGCCGACUAUGAUCAUUGGCCGCAACGGAACUUCCGCCAGCUCUCUACCAACAAUUGAUACCAAGUCAUGUAUUGCCGAUUUCAGGACAAAUUCCUUUGUUGGGACUGAAGAAUACAUUGCUCCUGAAGUCAUCAAAGGAAACGGUCAUACCAGCGCCGUAGACUGGUGGACACUAGGCAUCCUUAUCUACGAGAUGCUCUAUGGUACAACCCCAUUCAAGGGCAAGAACCGAAAUGCAACAUUUGCAAAUAUCCUAAGAGACGAAGUUCCGUUCCCCGAGCAUGCUAACGUACAACAGCUUUCCAAUCUCUGUAAAGGGCUUAUACGUAAGCUUCUUAUCAAGGACGAGUGCCGUCGACUCGGCGCCCGCGCUGGUGCUUCGGAUGUCAAAACUCAUCCUUUCUUCAGACCCACUCAAUGGGCCUUGAUCAGACACAUGAAGCCUCCUAUGAUACCACAUCAGGGCAGAGCAAUCGACACAGUCAACUUUAGAAAUGUCAAAGAAAGCGCCAGUGUUGAUAUCGGCGGCUCCAGUAACUUGACUGGUGUACCAAUGGACUCUGGGCUAGCCACGCCGUUGGGAGAAGUCGCCGAUCCCUUCGAAGACUUCAACAGUGUUACACUCCACCAUGACGGUGACUAUCAUGAAAACCAUCUGGUUGACGACAGUAAUAUCCAUAAGAGCUGA